AUGGACCCACAUCUUACAACCCGAGCUGCCAUCGCGCCGCGCUCCAACAUGAGCGGCGGUGCCAUUGCCGGUGCUGUCAUCGGUUCCAUCUUUGGACUUUCUAUACUCGCUCUUGUUCUUGGCUUUCUAUACUUCCGUUGGAAGCGAGGUUCCCGUCCCGUCGCCGAACUCGAUGAAGAUGACAAGCCGUCAGAUACUGAGCGAAGGCUCUCCCUUUCGGGCUCUGGGCCACCCGGGUCGUCGCACUACAAUGGGCAAGCAGAUCCAUGGGCUUCAAGUAUAGAUGGCCACCAGCACACGGCAUCUACCAAUGACAUUCCAUAUACAGAUAUUGCUUAUCACUAUUCGGAUGGGCAGCAAUUCGUGCAAGAACCCGAUUCCAUCUCAAAUCCUGGCGAUGGUCAAAUCAUUGAACAGUCUGAUUUUGUUCCUCAUAGUGCAACACAUGAUGGAGGCGCUGCCGACUACUACGACACAUCUGUUCCCAUGGACUCUGAGCCUGAACAAGAACCCUCGGCUCCCAGCAGGCAGAUGACAGAACUCUAUGAGGAACAGAUUCGGAAAUCACGGGAGAAUAGGAAGAACAGCAAGGGCUCAACAUGGAGUCGAUUUACCCAGGGACUCAUGUCAAAGAGAAAACGAUCAACCCGCGUAUCGGAACUCGCCAUGGAGGAAGGCAAUGUUCCCACUUCAUCCCCAACCACAUCUAAUCCAGACGUUGCCAUUGACUCCAUAGAAAGGCCCAAGGCAACGUCUGCGUCCCAGGAUCGCAGUAUUGUCCAGGAUGGCGAUAUCUUUGACGAGCCGCAAGAGAUGAGUGACUCGAGUCGUCCGGACAAGCAUACCAACAAGAAGACAAAACGGCGCGGACCCUCUGGAGACGACCCCGGUCUUGUACCACACAGGCUGGACUCUCUUCCGUCUUCAGCACUGCGCCAAAAACCAUUCCCUGCCGACAAGGUGCCCAUCCGCCAGCCAACAAGAUUUCAAAGUCCCGACCUUCCAGAGCCAAUGGAGGAUGACACUGAUCUCGUCACAACUGAUAGAUCUUCGGCUGUGCGUAAUUCUCACUCUCCAGUACUAGACGGUCAAGGCUUUAGCGCAGUCAAUCCAAUGGAUAUCAUGAGGCCAUCCAAUGCGGCAGAAAAGGCAGUCUUUACCAAUGCAGAAUUGAUCCGUAUAGCAUCUGUAUCAGCAUCGCCGCCAGCAUCACCCCCAUACAAUGCCGCCUCACCGCCCAUCACAGACGUUGAGCACAGUAUGACCAACCCAUCUCACGAAGAUGCGGAUCAUGCUGACGAGUCGGAAUAUGAUGAGUCGGAAGAGGAGGAAGACGAAGACGAGGUGAUGGAUGAAGCGCCGCAAUCCUUGGAGGCACCACAAAUCACAAUCGAGGACGUCUUCAUUACCGAUGGUCCAUCUGACUGGUCCACACCCGGGGGAACAACCUUGACAAAUGCAUCUAGUGGGCGAACUCCAGGCACCGAUAUCACUUCAUCUCCCUCUCCCGCUCCAUCAAUUGGCAUUCUACACCCAGAUAGCAGUGCUUCUCCGCCCGAGUCGGCUACAUCGCCCAAACUCGUUCUCACUUGCGAGCAGUGUGACCGUACAUUCGACCAGAUACACAAGCUGAAUCACCACAAGAGGUAUCACGAUCGCCGACAUUGCUGUCCUUACCCCGGCUGUGAUAAGAAAUUCGGCACCAAAACACAUCUGGAUCGGCACGUCAAUGAUAAGCACGAAAAGACAAAGGGUUAUCACUGCACAGAGUCUGGGUGCCAGUACUAUAUUGGCGGUAAACUAUUCCCUCGCAAGGAUAACUGGAAGCGACACAUGGUCAACAAGCACGGCAUCAAUCCCACGAUAGAUCCCCCACUUGUUGGAUGA